AUGGAAGACUUCAGCAGGAACCUGCUGGCGUCGCUGGUGGGCAGGCGCUCGGGCAGCGAAGGUCAGGCCGAGGCAGCCUCUGCCACAACGAACCCAGGCUCACAAUCCCAAUCUUCAGAUGGAGUACGAGAAAAAAUAGCAAGCCAGCUUGCAAAUGCCCUUGCAGUUGGUGUGCGCGAACUGUCAGAGCAGGCUGACUCCUCAGAAGUCCACGAUCCACAAGAGGUUGCCACUGCAGUGGAAACGGAGCUGUACAAUCAAUACGGUGGUGUGGGGAAGGAAUACAAGCAGAAGUUCCGCAGCCUGCAUUUCAAUCUCACAGACGCCAAAAACCCUGACCUCCGGGCACAGGUUGUGAUGGGGAAGAUUGCUCCUGACGUGUUGGUGCGCAUGGGGCCCAAUGAGCUGGCUUCCAGUGAACUCAACAAAUGGCGCUCACAGAAGGCACAGGAGUUUCUGAAGUCAGCUGUCCUUGAUGGGGAGACAGCAGCCGCAUUCUCAACCGCAGCUGCGAUGAAGCUGGGGCGGCCCAACGGGAAGGACUCUCGGCCAGCAACACCUGAGUGGGCUGGUCCUCUUGAUGUGUCGCCGGAGCAGCGCACAGCAUCAAGCAGAUUGGUUGGUCGUGCAUUGGGCGCGAUGGACACCCUCCCCACAACCAGCACAUCUGCAGGCAUCCCCCGGACAAAGUCAGUGGGUUCUGAAGGGGGGCAGGAUGCGCACGAUGCCAACGUACCUCCCAGCCCACCGCUGACGCCCUUGCAUGCUGACGAUGGCUACAUGAAAGAUUUCGCAGGAUUGCCUGGUGCUGAAGGUCCAGCCUACGAUCCUGGGUAUUCGUCGCCAGGGGCAUCAGGCCUGGGCCCCUCCCAUGAGCUGCCGUUGGAUGGCGCCAACCCGGAAGAGGCAGCAUUGCCUGACUGGGCUAUGGCAGAGUGGGAGGGAGAUCGAAGCGCGGCCUCAGGCGCAGCGGCAGCUGGCGACGGAGGCACUGGCAGCACAGCAGUAGAGGCAUCAAGAGUGGGCGCUCCGCCCUCAUUUGGCGCCACAACAGAAUACUCCCCCACCUUGCCCCAGGCCCCGCCGUCUUACAGCCCAAACAGGCUCUCCGACUCUGCGCUCGAUGAAGUACCUGGAUUGCAGGACAUGGCGCCAUUGGUGCAGAUGCCAGCCGAGCCUGGCGCGGCAGUGGCAGUUGGGGCGCAUGUUUGGCAGGGCAGGUUCUGUGGGCCUGGGAUGAUGCCCUUCAAGAUGAAGUGUGAGUCCCUUGCUGGAGUGGCGGACCUGUCGAAGAUGUUCUUUGGCAUUGAGGAGGUUGAGAUCAAGGGGCGUGUGGGGUCAGACAAGGUGGAGACCUUCUUGGAGCAGCUCCGCGGAUCCCAGAGCCGCACUGUAACUCUGGGCUUGCUGAAGCUGGCCGAUGACGCAGGGCUCAUGGACCAAACUGGCGUCAACGAGUUGAUAAAGCAUUACUCAAGGAGGGGCCGAGUGGGGGUUGUUGCACCAGGGCCCCAACUUGAGGGCUAUCUGGUGGCCAAGAGCGACUUGGCAGCAAGGCUCUUGAUGACAGCAAGGGAGGUUGUGGAACAGGAGCAAAGGGGCAGCGUGCCAGACAACGCCAGCCCAAGUGGCGAGCUGUUGUUGGUGAUGAUUCACAAAAGGAGCUGGGCGCCUCCUGUUAACAACAUGCAGAGAGGCGGUGAUGGGAGCGCAGGUGCAGCUGGAAGGGCAGAAUCCGAGCAGGUUCCAACAUUGGCCAACACGGAUGCUGCAGAUGACACCGAAUGGAUGGAUGUUUCCAAUGACCCUCCUGAAACAUCUGAUGCGGGCCUGCACCAGAGAGGUCCUGUGGCCGUGCCACCUUUCGCACACAGCACUACAGUGCAGAGCAGGCAGCCUACGGAUCCGAGGAGGCCGCAAGAAGCACCAGCAGAGGCUUGGACACACGUUCAGCCCAAUGGAGGCUCAUUGCCACAUGUCUCAGAACAGAUGACCGACCAGAUGGGAAUGCCAUUGAACACCGAAGAAGAGAAAAUGCAGAUAGAUGAGGAACAGCCUCCACAGGAGGCGUCGCUUCAGACAAAGCUUCCCCAGGGCCUGAAUUUGAAAGGCAUCAGUGAGCUGGCGGCUCUGUUUGGAAUUCCACCAGCGGCCUCGGGGCCACCAUCUGGAGCGCCACAACCACCAGCCUCAAUGCCACCGCAGGAUUUCACAGGGCCUUCCAGGCCGGGCUUCUUGCCGCAGACGAACCCUGGAGGAGUUGUGGUGCAGAAUGUUGCGCAGGCUGCAGGGGGAUUCGUGGGCCCAGCGGGCAUGCAAGUCGCGAGCGGCCCUCUGCAGAUGGGUGAUGUUGUCCCGGGACAACUGCAGUCUGCAGCUGGGGAAAUGGCUGCCCCGCCGUCACAGGACGCCCCCGCACAGCGCUUGGGACCCGCUGGUGUGCAGGGAGCGCCCUUUCAGUCUCCCACAAUGGGGACUGGGCCCCUGGGCGAUGGCAUGCAGCAGCUCAACAUCAACGGAACGCCUGGUAGUCUAGGCCCCCUGCAGGGUGACCUGCCUGGUGUCCCCCAGGGCGAGGACGGCCCACAAGUCAAAUGGCAGGACUUGGGACAGCUGGCUGCGGGCUGGAAGCAUGCCCCCGAGGGUGGAGUCAGCCUGCCCAUGCCCCUGACGUCCUCAGAGAUGGCGCCCACAGGGUUCCCUCAAGCGGGUGGCGGCAUUCCGCAGAUCAUCCAGGUUCAAGGCCCCAGGCCCACCUUCGUGGUCAUCCAAGAUCAGCUCUUGCAGAAAGACCCCGUGCUUCGCACGCAGCUGCCCGUCGCCCCGUUCGCUGCACCCACGCAUUCCGACUCCCAGGGCAGGCAUCCAGGCCUUCAUGGCCUGCCAGGGGUUGGGGCAGGCUCGGUGCUCCAGCCGCAGGGCCCGCAGUUGGGCCUUGCCAGCCAGGGGCGCCCUGGAGCAGGAGAGACUGAGCAUGUGCUCGUCAACUCCAAGGGGGUGCCAAUAAUCGUCAAGCCGAAGAAGCCUGGCAGGGCGCCACCGGGACGGGACGUGGACGUGGACGGCGAGAGGGAUCCUUAUCUUCCUCUACCCGGGGCCCCCCCCGUGACCCCAAGCCCCCCCGGCCCCUUGGGGCCCAUGAGGAGGGAGGCGCCUCCAGGGCCGUAUCAGCGGAUUGCCGACGCGCAGACGGUGCCUGCUGGCAACGUGAUCGAACCCAUCCUGGGACGCAUCCAGAGGCCGGCGGCGAGCCAGGGGCGCGGGUCCGGGAGCGGUCGCCGCAGAGGCGGUCGCGGGUGGUCCAGUGGCGGCGGCCAGUACAGGUCCAAGAGGCGCGACGCGCCGUCGUGA